UUUGGCCCAGAAAACAUCUUGGACACUCCAGAGAUGGACAUCCUGCAGGGUCUCAUCGCCGCUGCACUCAACCUGCGCAGCCCGUCCGAGGGCUGUUUUCUCCAAGCUUGCGGCCUCAAAAACUUCUUUCAGUACGGCUUCUGGACGAUGAGGAACAAAAAGGACCCAUUGAAAAGCAUUCAUCACUUCCUGAGCGACGUGCAGACCAGCCAUGUCUAUAUGCGGGUGCCUCUCGGGUCCUUCUUCGGUGCUGGGAAGAUCCUUUUCAUCAAGGACCCUGUGUCCAUUCAAGAGGUGGUCAAUUCCGAUGACUUCUGGCGAUGCAACCCACUAGUCGUUUUCAGGUCUUGGUAUACAUGGUGGAUAGGAUUGGACAAAUUUGUCGAUGACCACAUUGCCCAGUCAAUCUUUGUCCUUCUGGACGGCGAGCAACAUGAAAAGCUCCGAGCGAUCUUUCUGGACUUUGGCAGGAGGAUUGCAGAUCUGCAGUCACAGGAUGCCUUGGCCAAGAAUGCUUUGGCAAUCCUCCAGGCACGAGUCCAAGGAGAAAAUAGCUUAUUUGACAUCUUGCAGGAGGUGGCUACGAGAAUUCUGCUGGAGGUUUUGGUUGGAUCCUCUUUGCCAGCAGGAUGGACAGAACGGCGAUUUCUUGAUCUCAUCAAUCGAAUCAUGGAGGCUGUCUUCAAUAUUCAAUGUCCUUCUCGAAUGGAUCAGGAGGAUCUUCGAUAUAUUUUUGACCACUUCUCGACCAACUCCGCCGAGAACAGCUUGACUCAGCACCUUCGUCGGUGCGGGUGCUCGCAGGAGCAAACCAAGCACAAUCUCCUUGCGUUGAUGUUAUUGGGAAUGCAGUCGUUGGCCAAUGGCCCAUAUUGGCAGAUUCUUCGGAUCUACACGGAGCGUGGGCUUCUAAAGCAAGUGCGGGAGAAUCCGCAGCGAGUCUGGGCAGUGAUCGUUGAGGAGCUACACAAUCAUCCGCCUUCUGCGCCCAUUUUGAUGCCUUACAGGGCAAAGCGGAAUUCCACCAUCCGGGGGCAAACCAUCCUUGAGGGAACCGUCGUGGUGAUCUCCCCGCCAUGGUCACACGCUAUGAUGGGCGGAGCCCCGCAGGAGUCAACUAAUCCAACUGGUUGCCCAUUUCAACGAAGCUCUUCGCCCAUACGCAGCUUGCAGAAUGCAAUGGGGCAGUGCGCCCAUCCAAGGAGCUACGCCUUUGGAGCGAGCACACGUUCUUCCUGCCCUGUGAAAGGUUUCAACAUGGCAACGAUGUACAGCGUGAUCACGGGCUUUGUUGACUUGUACGACAUGAAAGUUCAUGAUCCUCAACGCCUUUGCUGUAUGAAACAGGCAGAGCAUAUGAAUUUGCAUAUUGUGAACAGGCCUUCUGUGCAGCUGCAAGUCACGCUGCAAGAACGCAACCAAAGUCAUGUGACCAAGCCUUGCGGGCAGCAGCCGGUGAUGUCGCAAAGCCCUUUGUGGGCUUGGUUGCCUUUUUUGUGUCCCGUUCUGUGUCUUUCCGCUGCGCUCCUGAGCUUGAAGUUGAAGCCAAAGUGAUAUCGACCUCGCUUCUUUUCCCACAACGGUGAUGUCAACUCUUGGGUAGAUUGUUCUGUUGUGAUGACUUUGAGCUCAGGGCAACUUGCAUCCCAAACUUAGAGUUUGAGUUUCCUGAAUUGCCUGGAAGACCGCAAAGUCAACGUCGUUGCUGCAUUCACUCUGUUCUGUUUUUUCUUCGCCCAAGCUGGCAAUGUGGCAUUCCAUGAAGAUCAUCGCGAAUCUUCAUGCUGACUGUCCCGUCCAGCAAUCUUCAUGCUGACUGUCCUUUCCACAUCAAAUGCACAGUGAUGAUGUUUGUGCGUUUGUAUUUGUUUUCCUCAAGGGAGGGACUCUACACAAGAUCAGCGAAGAUUUCCCCCUGGCGACAGAAGGAGUCAGAAGAGUGGAGUGGCAAUGCUUUGGGUCCAUAUGCUGUGACAUGUUCCUUUGUUUUUCACGCUUGUAGCUUAUGGUUUCAGUGCUAGCGCAUUGUUUUGGUUUAUCAUGGUAUUCUAGAGUGCUGGGAGCUGGCGGUCCACCAGCAGGUGGAGAGUCUGCCAGCCGGUGCAUAGGGAGUUGCCUAGCGGGAAAAGGUUAGGCAGUUAGGCAGACAUGUCUUUGCCCAGGUGAGGUGGUCCAUGAAUUCUCCAGUAGCCCUUCCUGGCCUCA